CUGUCACGUGGAAACAGGGCGGAGGAGGUGGGGAGAAAGAGAGGGAAAGAAAGGAGAGUGAAAGUGUGUCAUUCAGCUCCUCCUGUAGUGGCGAUUGGCGAAGGCGUGUUCGUUCGAAAAAUGUGACGAGAUGCCCAGGCACUGCCUGGUUGGUGGUUCCCUUGGUUACGAGGAAUGAGGAGGCGGGGUGUUCGCUCCGGCUGGCAGAGACAGCGGCAGCCGCCGCCGCAUUAGCAGUGGUUCGUGAAGGCAGUCGCAGCUACCGGUAGCGCCGCCCAGGGGCAACUGUGACUGCAGAAGCGGCCCAUCCCCUUCCCUGUUCUCUUUCCUUUCCCCCUCCCUCCCUGAGCCAUGGCGGCGCCGGAGGACGCGGCGGCUGCAGAGGGAUGAGCUCCUAAGGAGAAGGCGGUGGCUGUGGCGGUCGGUGAGAGGCGGUCGGGUCAGACGGAGGCUGGCGGCGGGAAGAGGAUGCGCGAGUACAAGGUGGUGGUGCUGGGCUCGGGCGGGGUGGGGAAGUCGGCGCUCACUGUGCAGUUCGUCACUGGCACUUUCAUCGAGAAGUACGACCCGACUAUCGAGGACUUCUACCGCAAGGAGAUCGAGGUGGACGCCUCCCCAUCGGUGCUGGAGAUCCUCGACACGGCCGGCACCGAGCAGUUCGCCUCCAUGCGGGACCUUUACAUCAAGAACGGGCAAGGCUUCAUCCUGGUCUAUAGUCUCGUCAACCAGCAGAGCUUCCAGGACAUCCGCCCUAUGCGCGACCAGAUCAUCCGCGUCAAGAGGUAUGAGAAGGUGCCUGUAAUCUUGGUUGGAAAUAAAGUGGACCUGGAGAGUGAGAGGGAAGUUUCAUCGAGUGAAGGCAGAGCCCUGGCUGAAGAGUGGGGUUGUCCUUUUAUGGAGACUUCUGCUAAAAGUAAAACAAUGGUGGAUGAACUCUUUGCAGAAAUUGUCAGACAGAUGAACUAUGCCUCCCAGCCAGAUAAAGAUGAUCCAUGCUGUUCUGCAUGUAAUAUACAAUAGCAUUCCAAAUGAUGGAAUUGACCUAGUUUGCUGUAUUUUUGGUAAAAUAAUACAAUUUGACUACUUCACUUCAUGAUUUAAACUUGGGUCUCUUGGGAUAAAUCCAAAGUGGAGUAGCAGCGUUAACUCCAAGUGGAACAUUGAAGUUGAUCAGUUUAGUGAAAGAAUUGGGGAUAAACGUCUACAGUUCACUUACCUGCAGCACAUCUCCUACACCUGCAACUCUGUGGCAUAGCCGACAGAUUUACAGGGUGAGCACAAACAAUGUAUGUUGGCUUUGUCAGACAACAGCUACCGCUUUAAGUUGUUGAUGGUGAAUAGGAGAGCACCAGCAAAGACAGUUUGCACUCUGCAUAUUCUCUACUGAUAAAUAAAAGUUAACAAAAUGUAUGUGUCUGCAUAUUGAAUUUCAGGACUUGUCACCUGUGGCCAAGUUUACUCAGUCAAAUAUGCGAAUUUCAUCUUUGACACAAGUGUUAGUAGGAUUACUGGCAAGUUGAUGUAGUUCUGGGUUUUUUUCCCUUUAAUUUAAUUCUUUUCUAUUAUCCCAUCAUGUGAAAAGGAAAAUAUUCCAUCAGUGCUUCAAAGUAAAGAGAGGAGCUUUGAAAAAUCAACGGCUUGUAAAGAGAACAAUGGGACAUUUGAAUGUGUUAAAUAUUCUGCUUUGACGCUCAGAAAUGGUGGAUUGGUUCGGAUGCGGUUCAGUCAAGAAACCAAACAAAUUCUCUGUUUACAAAGCGGGAAACAUGUUCAUCUGAACUAGGAAGAAGCAACUGUGAUGGGGGUAAAGAAAUCGCUUAGCCUUACUAACAAGGAAAUUUUAGCACAUUAACAAGUACCACCUUGUAAGGAAAAUGAAGCCAUGUUAUAUCCAGAUGUUCCUUUUUGCAGAAACCUCAUGGGGACUGUAUGAGCAUCCUGCAUUUUUAAGUUUAAGGUUACCAGUUUAUUUCUUGCCUUUAAGGGCUAUGUCUUUGAUGUGAUACCUAUGGAAUUCAAAUUUGCCAUUUUAUAGCUUUAAUAUUGGCAAUUCGUCAAUUGAGUUAUUUUGGCUCAGAAGUUGAAUACACAAUAUUGUAGUUCCAUAGGUGAGCAAGGAAAAGGUUCUUGUCUUCGGUUGCCUAACAUGCUAGUCAGGUGCUGCCAUACAGUGAUCCUGUUGCCCUGGUUAUUGCUGUGACAAAUAGUGAGUGAAACUUUUUUUUGAAAUGGUGCUCAGCCUCUGAUCCUAAUUUUCAUAGCAGUGAAAUACUUAUAAUUUGCAUGACUUAACAGCACCAAUUAUAGCUAUUCUGAUGUCUUACAAUCAAGGAAGUUUCCAGUCAGAAUGACUAAGGUUUAAAUGCUGGAGUGAUCAUACUGAGCUGGACUUUUAUGGAUGAAUUUGGCCUUUAAAAUGCAAUAUCACUGAGCCUGUGGUCCAAAUACCACCCCAAAGUUUAGUUUCUCAGUCUUGUGGAGUAGCUAUGUAGUUUAUUGUGUAGGCGAGUGGAGAGGGGUGUAUGUGUCUUGUGUGUGUGUUGGUGGAUGAGUGUGUGACUUAUUACAAAUGCUGUAAUGAACUUGAGUUCUGAAAUGUUUGCCUCUGUCAGCACACAAACAACCUGCAAUCUAAAGUGUGUUUAAAGAAACUGAAUUCAGAAGCAUUUUUUGAACAUUGACAACACUUGGCCACUUUAUUUCUGACACAGCGGAACACUUAAUUUAGUUCACUUUCUAAUGGUUUAACAAAAAUGAUGGAUGAUUAUAGGCCACUAUUGCCUUAGUCCUUGCAUGGAUUUUUCUCAUAAUCAAGAAAGCAAAGAGUAUAAUGCUAAACAUGUGGUCCCACUUGAGAAAUGUAGCUCCUUCCCAAGAAGCUUGCACAGCCUUUGAAGUUGUGGCACUUUGUGCAUCUCGCAUUGACAGUCUGCAUGUGUUAAGGGAGGGAAACUGCCAUGUGUUCAUGUGUCCCUAAAGUAUUUUAGAAGGAAUAUUACUACAGCAGUAGCUUUGUCUGUUAGGAAAAUAACCAACAUUACCAUUGAAACAAAUGAGAGGGACAGAUAUAACCUAAACAUUGAUUGCAUAUUGUGUUUAUUAAUUCUAAACAUGGUUCUUGCCUUGCAUGUCAAAUAGUUUAUGCAGUCAUAACAGUGACAUAAGAUGGCUGAAGGACAUAAAUGGCAUUUUUUGUAAAAAUGGGAACGAUUUUAAUGUGGAAAUUGCAUAAUGUGGUUUUUAACAGAAAAGUACUUCCUUGAUCAUUUUAUUGCCCUUUUUUAAGAGACAAAGCAUUGUGUGUUCCUACAAAUUGUAACAGUUUUAUGUGUAAUUCUAAAGAGGCAUAUUGUGUGUUGCUUAGGUUCUGCUUACAAGGCUACAGUGCCCAACCUGGUGCCCACCAGAUGUUUUGGACAAAAAACUUUCAUCAUCCUAAACUAGUAUAGCAGGGAUGAUGGGAGUUGUAGUCCAAAACAUCAGGAGGAUGCCACAUUGGGGAAUGUUGCUGUAGUGGGACAGUGAAGGGUGUAUUUGACUAAAAUACUUGUAAGGCGGCAAGAGGGCUGUAGUUAUUCACAUUUACAUGGGAUUGCAGAGUGAGUCACAGGUAAAAUGGGUGUCUAGACCAGUUAUCUAGUGCCAGUUCAAGAUGUGCCAGUACUCCUGUGGUUUCUCCCUCCCCCCUUUCAAGCCUAUGAUGGUGAUUGGCUUCUGCUGGCUGUGUUUCUGUUGCAUCAAAUUCCCCCCCCCCCCCGGCUGGCAUGGAAGUUGGGCUUAGAAUUUACGUCAGGUGAUCAUCACCAACCCCCCUCCAAUCCAGACCAUUUGGCAAUCCCAGAUCUGUGUCACAGGAUAAGUGACUCUCUUCAAAUAUAAACCCUGUAACUCCCCGAACCUUACCACUGUGGCACUCCCUCAUGUACAGAUGUGCAGGAGCAGCACACUGGCAUGCAUCAAUGCCAUUAUAGACCUUGGGAGUAGCUUGUCAAGGAUAACUGCUUAUCUUUGUAACCUGAUCAUAUUCCAAUAAUAGUAAUUUGGGGGGUGGGUAUAACAUGCCUUAAAAUAUUAUCAUUUGAUCCAAAGACCAAUUAUUCUUUAGCUUUUCAUGUAGAGGUUUGUAUUUUUCUGCAGCUGGCAUUUUUAAGUUUAUAUUGUUAUAAAAUGUUGCAACUUAUUUUGAAAAUAGGAGGGGAAAAUAAUUCCCCUUUGCCCUUUAGAGAAGUUAAUCUGACCAGCAUAAAUUCUAAUAGUUUUUUGUUUUUUAGGUAAGGUAACCCCCUCCCUAAAUAUUUAUAGCUGUUUUUCAGGACUUUCUCUUACAGGACCAAUAAUAAAGUAGCCCCUUUACCUACACUCCAAAUUCUAAAAUUGCCAUUAAUUUAUGUGGGAAAAUGUGCUGGUAUUUACUUUUCUACAUGACAUAAAGAUGUCAUCUUGGAGUGGAGGGAUGCAUGAUUUUUCACCAGUGUGCAGCUGAAGCACCAAUUGGACUGUAAUAACAAAACUCCAUGACCAAGGAAAUUUGGCAACUGCAGGAAUCCUAAUGUGCAUUAUUCCUCUGUCACUUCUUGAUCAGGGUUUCCAUAAAUGAUUGCAGUGUGUUUUUGAAAACUAGGCUUGACCAUUGACAAUUUGGAAUUUCCUAGAGUUGAAUAAAGAUAUUUAACAGUUGAUUGUGGAGUUCUGUUGCAACUGAUAACUGAAAAAAUUAAGCAAGUUUUAUAAGGUGUCAGUUGUUUAAAUCAAGAUGUUUCAAAAUAAAUCAAAUUGUAUAUAGAACUCAAUGCAAACUCAGCAGUUGUACU